AUGGUGGAUACCGGUGAUGGGUGGAUGGAGGUGAGACGCAGCAAGUACACAAACAGACAGGGCACUAAAGAAGAUGUGACCACGUUCUACGUAUCAGGAUUUCACGAUGGAACAAGCAAAAUGGAGUUACGCAAAUCCUUCGACAGUUUUGGCCUUGUAGCAGAUAUAUAUAUUGGUGGAAGGAAGAAUCAACGCAAGCAGAACUUUGCGUUCAUUAGAUAUGAUGGUGUGAGGGAUGUAAAGGCCAUGGAGGCUGCAUUUCAGGGGGUCCGAGCAACAUUCAUCUCGGGGUCUGGCAUUAGAGACUCCAGAACUUUUGCGCAAGUGGCAUCAGGUACGAAUGAAUCUCAUCUUAGAAGAACUCCCCCCAUCAUUCUUAAUCCAAAAACUACCAUGAACAAUUGGAUAAGGAAGUGCACGCUGAUUGGAGAAGCCCAUAGCCUCGAUCAUAUAGCCAAUUUACCUGCACCUACUCUCAUGAACGAAGGAACUAAAUAUCUUGGAGGUAUGAGAGUUGCCAUUACAUUCGAUUCAUCAAAGGAUGCCCGUGAGUUUCUCGAAGACAAAAGCAGGUGGCAGGAAUGGUUUAAGAGGAUGAUACUUGGCGAACAAACGGAUUCUAGUUACGUAAGAUUGGCAUGGCUAAAAAUUAAUGGUGUUCCCUUAAAAUAUUGGGAUGAAGAUAACUUCUCCCGUAUUGCCAGUAGAUUUGGGAACAUAACCUUUCGAUAA